CGUGGUCUAGCCAAUCUUCGGUGUAGCUGUCAAUUUGUUAACUUAUAGGAAAUACGUGUAUAUUUUUUGAAAAAAAAAAAACAAGCCAGUUUCAUCAUUAAAAAAGUAAUUUCAGCAUCUUGAAAAAAUUACGUCAUUAUUUUAUUAUUUAUUUUUAAUCACCUUAUGAGGGGUAAUUAGUUUGAAGCAUUUACAGAACAUGGAUUGGAAUGGAUUAGUCUAACCUUAAUUAAUAUAUUGUUUUAGGAGAAUAACCAUAGACUCAUUCUCGGCAAAUGUAGAGAAAGACGGAAACGUAGAAAGAAAUAUAGGCAAGUGCUUUAAAAAAUAAUGGCUGAUACGGAACAGGAGGGAAAUUCCACGGUAGAUGAUAACUCGAAGCCAGAAGCCCCAGAUUCGUUAGCCAACGAAGAGCCACAAGAACCUGCUUGUGCUGAAACCAAUUUUUCUGGAAAUGAACACGCUCAAGCAACUGCCAAAGACAAAUCAAAAAUUGACAUAUUAUUAAAAGCCACUGGCGAUGCGCCUAUUAUGAAGAAAAAGAAGUGGGCUGUGAAUCCAGAGAAGCACAUUGGUUCAAUUGGGGAAUUUAUCAAAAAGUAUAUAAAAUUGGAACCAAACGAAAGAUUAUUCCUCUACAUAAAUCAAACGUUUGCCCCCGCUCCGGACCAGACAGUUCAAAAUCUCUACGACUGUUACGGAACCGAUGGCAAGUUAAUUAUUCACUAUUGUAAGACACAAGCAUGGGGUUGACUUCCAAAUGAAAACGAAAAAACACGCAACAUUCUUUUUUGGAUAAAUGUAUUGUAAAACAGUUAUACAACUCCGCAACAGCUAUACAAAUCUGAGUACAAUACACAACGUUGCUUGCACGCCCUCGAACGAAUUUCAAUACUGUAAAAAGUGCGACUUACUUAAACAGCCUAAGGCUCUUUAAAAUUGGUUCUAAAUGACGAAAGAUUUAAAUUAGCUCGUAAGUAAAAAUAAUUUAUAUAAAUGACUUUUUAUAAAAAAAAA